CGGUUGACAGAGCCGGGAAAGAGUACCGACUUCGCUAUCCUGAGUUACUAUUGGGGCAAGUCGCCGGAUUGCACAACAACCUUAACAAACUUGCAACAUCACCUGGCUGGAUUUCCUCUCAAGAACCUUCCCAAGAUAAUUCGAGAUGCUAUAGAGGUUACUCUAGCUCUUGGCUUACAACAUCUUUGGGCAGAUGCACUCUGUAUCCUCCAGGACCAAGAUGACGAGAUGAUUCAGAACAAAAUACGCAUCGCACACGAGUUUUAUGCCCGGGCGAGCAUUGUUAUAGGGGCCGCCUCUGCGCCGCACAGCGAUGCCGGA